UUAUCCUAUCACCAUCUCAUUUAAGAGGAGAAGAUCAGUAAUUUGAGCCAAAACAGAGAUUUACUCACAAUAAUGGCUGCUUUUGCUAUUACUUCAUUUACACACACACCUUGCACCUCCCAUCACUUCAAGAAGAAACAAUGGCCUCAUCAAGCCAAGUCCAUAAAGAUAACAAACGUUAUGACUCCAAAAGUUGAAGAGCAAACACAUUUAAACGUCGUUGAAAUCAAAGACAGAUCUAAUUUGCUGAUUGAUGACAACGCAAAGCCCACAAGGAAUAAUGAUGAAGUACAAGGUGAUACAAGUUCAUGUGAGUCUCAAGAUCUAAGGUUUUCAGACGAGCGAUGGAAGAAUGGGACAUGGGAUCUCAAUAUGUUUGUGAAAAAUGGUAAAAUGGAUUGGGAUGCUGUCAUAGUUGCAGAAGCAAAGAGGAGGAAAUUUCUUGAACUGUUCCCAGAAGCAGCAACAAAUCAAGAACCUGUGGUCUUUAGAAGUUCUGUCAUACCAUGGUGGGCAUGGAUGAUGCAUUCUCACCUCCCUGAAGCUGAGUUGCUAAAUGGAAGAGCUGCAAUGGUGGGCUUUUUCAUGGCCUAUCUAGUGGAUGUUCUAACGGGGCUUGACGUGGUAGGCCAAAUGGGAAAUUUCUUGUGUAAAACUGCUCUCUUGGCAACAGUUGCAGGUGUAAUUUUGUUUAGGAAAAGGACAGAUUUUGACAACUUAAAGAAGCUGGCCGAUGAAGCUACAUUUUAUGAUAAGCAAUGGCAAGCAUCAUGGCAAGAUCAACCUUCUACUACUGGUGAUUCCAAGCAACGCAGAAAAUGACCUCUUUUUUUUUUUUUUUUUGCUUUUGGAUUUUCCCUGCAGAAGAUAUCCUGAUGGAGUCUCGGAAAAUUCUUAAUGAGAUUAGGUGGUUUUGGAAGGAUAAUUGACUUGUAUUGUAUUUGUCAGACCAAGACUGCCCAAUUAUAUACCAGAAAUAUGUAAAAAAAAUAAAAAAUUAAUGACUAUAUGCUCGAACAAAAAGCAAGAUUACAAUAUUGCCCGUGAAUAACUCGGGUCUAUUUUAUUGGUUACGUUACAUAUAUAUAAGAAAACUAGCAACUAAUUGUACAUCUACAACUAGUGGUCGUUAUUUCACAAUAUGCAUCAAUAAUUAUAGUUUUAAAAUAUGCUGCACACAACUUUUUGCAUUCAACAUCAGAUCCAAAGGUGCAAUAAUCUACUUGCAUGUUCGAACGGCAUAACUUACGUCGAGCAUCGAUCGAAAUAAUUUCCCCAUCUGUUAAA